AAAAAUGGGUAGCGGAAGUUCGCCGUGCGCCUCAUGCAAACUACUCCGGCGGCGGUGCGCGAAGGACUGCAUAUUCGCGCCGUAUUUCCCCUCCGACGACCCUCACAAGUUCGCCAUUGUUCAUAAGGUUUUCGGUGCUAGCAACGUGAGCAAAAUGUUGCAGGAGCUUCCGGUGCAUCAAAGAGGCGAUACGGUGAGUAGCCUAGUGUACGAGGCGAAUGCUAGAGCGAGAGAUCCGGUGUACGGUUGCGUAGGGGCGAUAUCGUACUUACAGAACCAAGUGGCUCAGCUCCAGAUGCAGCUGGCUAUGGCUCAAGCCGAGAUGCUUUGCAUUCAGAUGCAGGCGCAGGCGCAGGAGCAAAACCAUCAUAAUCAGAGUAUUAAUCAGCUGCAGCUGCAUCAGGCGCCGCUGUUGCUGCUUGAUCAGACGGCUGAUAUUGAUGUUGGUGAUGACAAGUCAACGUCGUCGUUUUACCUGCAGAAUCAUCAUCAGCUGCUCAACUUCGCGGCGGCGAAUUCUAAUAUUAACGCUAAUACUAAUAAUAAUAAUGUGAUUUAUGAUUCUUUUAAGAAAGAAUCGCUGUAUGGUUAUGAUAUGGUUUCUUAAUUUAAUAAAUUAAUUUUGGAGGUUUGAUUUCGUUAAUUAAUUCUCAUUUAAUUUAUUACUUGUUUUUGUAAUU